CGCCGACUCGGCCGACCUCGGUUCCCCAGUCGGACAUAGCAUUAGUAUGUAGUUUACACUUACACUUACACUGACUGACUAUAUAUCAUCCUCGAAACCCUCUAUAACCUAUUCAAUUAACUAUACACACUCAAAUAUCUUCAUCAUGACUUCAUCAACCCUUUCUCAACGCAUUCCUCCCGACUCUUGGGACUCACACAUGCACAUUGUCGACGUUGAGAACUACACCCUUGAUGCUUCAGCCAAAUACCGUCCUACAUCUCACAGUCUGGACCAAGCUCUCGCUUUUGAAACUAGUGUCGGGCUUCGAAACAUAGUUCUCGUUCAGCCAUCUAUCUAUGGCCUUGACAACUCGUGUCUGCUCGAUGGUCUGCGUGCCCUUGGUGCUGACCGUGGACGAGGCGUUGUUGCUAUUGACCCUGAGGUUGUUAAUCAAGAAGAGCUGCGUUCUUGGCAUGAACUGGGUGUGCGUGGAGUGAGACUCAAUAUCCUCUCGAAUGAACUUACCAUUGAUGCAGCCGAGUUGGAGAGGCUGUUGAUGCUUUACGCCGAUGCUGUGAGACCCUUGGGAUGGGUUGUUCAGGUCUAUGUCCCUAUGGAUAUGGUUACUCUCCUUGAACAUAUCAUUCCGAAGCUCAACGUCAAGUUCUGCAUAGACCAUCUUGGACAACCACCUCUGAACAAAUACACAGGCGCGGAGCCAUACGACAUACCAGGCUUCUCGUCCCUCAUCAAUUUACUCAAAAACGGCCAGACAUAUGUCAAACUGUCGGCCGCUUACAGGAUUAGCACACUCCCUGACUACAGCGAUUUGGAUCCCAUCGCUAAGGAGGUCAUUCGAGUCGCUGGAAAGACUCAUGUUGUCUUUGCAACUGACUGGCCUCACACAAGAUUUGAGGGGUUGGAUAUCAAGCCCUGGAUGGAGAGAGUGCUGAGCUGGUGCGGAGGUGAUGAUCAUCUCAAAGAGCGGCUGUUUAGAGGAAAUGCUGAAGAUCUAUGGGAUGUCCAGAGGCCACCAAGGAACGCAGACCAGUGAUUGAGAUCAGUUAUGACUGAGUAAGGGGGUAUCCCAUUCAUGGUGUUCAAAGAUGAUUUCGUUCUUUCUGCACCGGACAUGUGUACUUGUUAAUAUUUUCGUUUAUGUAUUCAUAUCAUAUCUGACUAUUGUUCAUCUGUCCAUCAUUCUGCCGUUGUAUUGCGAUACCUGAAACGUCAAGAACGAUUUCCAAGUUGGCCA